GUCGUUAUCCACCGAUUCUCUUCAUGAUCUUGAGCUGGCUUAACCCAAGCAAUUCUUCGGUGUACGUUCGCUGUGCUCGCGGUCCGAUUUCACCAGCGUCCUGACGAACUUGCUUAUGUGCAUCUGAUGCAGCUGUUAUGGCAUCAAUGUGCUAUAUAACAUCUUGUUGAUUCAAUUACUCGCCAUGCCCCCUGGUGACGCAUACCACCACAUCCGCUUUCAUUUUCCUAAUACUGACGGGUCGGUAAUCUUCUCAGUAUUUGGUGCACUUCGUGUCUACGCUGUGACGGACCGUGACUGGCGCUCGACUCUUUUCGCACUUGCUCUGGGCUUCGUGCCAGUAGCAACCAAUAUAGUCGGGAUCGUCCAAUCCGUCUUCGUCGUAGCAUCGCUUCCGGAUGGGCAGCUGUGGUGCUCGCAGGAACGCACUGUGUCCCCGUCGCUUGCUCACAGGUUGGUGAUUGCCACACGCUCAUGCACCAUAGCCUUUGACGUCUGCGUCAUCUCCAUUUUGUGGUGCAAGUGCUGGCAGGCUUGGCGGAUGUCGCAGGCACUGCGCCAAGGAACUUCCCUCACACAGCUUCUUCUUAAAGAUGGAACUUCUCUUUUCGGAUUCCUUCUUGUACUCAACAUCCUUGAUAUCAUCCUAUGGUUGACGAUGGAUUUCGAAUGGAUCACAACUCUAUUCCUUUCGCCAAUUUCCUGCACCCUCAUAUGCCGAUGCCUACUCAACUUACGCGAGGUGUCCAGCCCACCGAGGAGCACGGCCGACCUGGAUACAAUCAGACUCACGUUUGUCCAUUCGUUCGGUGAAGAUCAGGAAUCACAUCGCCAGACGAGCGCAACAUUGUCACGAGACGUGUGUCCUCGACUAGUCAUACGAUAGCACAGGAUUGUUAAAAGUUUACAAACUUGCCAUGGCGUCCGGAGAUCGUGAAAUCCGGUACUUAUAGCCUGGCGAGCGAGUGCCGAAGGCCUUUCGAUUUCGCUUCAGAAGCCGUGAAUCACUGCAAUAUGUAUAGUUCUUACCGUUAGGCAAUGGCAGAAACUGGUGUCGCAGUCGCCUAGCGCGACCCUUAUCGCAGCCACCGGGAACUUCCGAAGGAUGGUUGAUGCGCGCGUCGCCAAAUCUGGCAAGU